ACGGCCGAGCGAGGCGGUGAGCGCGUUGCAACUGUCGGCGGGCACCGGACUAAGAGACGACGACGCCGCGGCAGAGCGGGGUUCCGCGUCGGCCGGGCGGGAGCCAUGCCGACCCUCAGUGAAAAUGUCCUGUUUGGAAUGGGAAAUCCUCUGCUUGAUAUAUGUGCAGUUGUGGACAAGGACUUCCUUGACAAGUAUGGGCUGAAACCAAAUGACCAAAUUCUGGCGGAGGAGAAGCACAAAGAACUAUUUGAAGAACUUGUGAAAAAGUUCAAAGUAGAAUAUCAUGCUGGUGGCUCUACUCAAAACUCUGUCAAAGUGGCCCAGUGGAUGAUUCAGAAUCCAUACAAAGCUGCAACUUUCUUUGGGUGCAUUGGCAAGGAUAAAUUUGGAGAAAUAUUAAAGAAGAAGGCUGAGGAAGCUCAUGUGGAUGCCCAUUACUACGAGCAGAGUGAAGAACCAACAGGAACCUGCGCUGCCUGCAUCACUAGUGAUAACAGGUCACUUGUAGCUAACCUUGCUGCUGCUAAUUGCUACAAGAAGGAAAAGCAUCUUGAUUUGGAGAAGAACUGGAAGUUGGUGGAAAAAGCCAAAGUCUAUUACAUAGCAGGAUUCUUCCUGACGGUGUCACCGGAAGCAGUAUUAAAAGUGGCUACUCAGGCUUCUGCAAACAACAAGAUCUUCAGCUUGAAUCUUUCUGCACCGUUUAUUAGUCAGUUCUACAAAGAGCCUAUGAUGAAAGUCAUGCCUUAUGUGGAUGUCCUUUUUGGAAAUGAGACGGAAGCUGCCACUUUUGCUAGAGAGCAAGGCUUUGAGACUGAAGACAUUAAAGAGAUAGCCCGUAAGACACAAGCCCUGCCAAAGGUGAACACUAAAAGGCAACGAAUUGUUAUCUUUACCCAGGGGAAAGAAGACACUGUAAUGGCUACAGAAAAUGAAGUAACUACUUUCCCUGUGUUGGUGAGUGAUCAGAGUGAAAUCGUGGAUACCAAUGGGGCUGGAGAUGCAUUUGUUGGAGAGACAUGUUAGAAAACUGGGCCUCCUGAGAAACACGUCAUUGAAAGAAAUGUGUGCAAAUGAAACAUCCCCGUCUCAAAUCCCAGAUGGGAGAACUGAAGUGAGUCUGUCACUGAGCUUGAGCCAUCAUUCAAACCCAGAGUUCUGAGUGAGCUGGGAUACUUUCAGAUGGGAAACCCAUUUCCCACCAGCACUGACCGAAGCAUAUUACCCUCACUCAGAUAAAACUCUUCCAUUUUGCUGGAAAUAAGACUGCAUCUCCUGUGCUCACUGUCAUGCAUUUCAGGCUUGCUUUCGUACCAUGUGAAGUGGAUAGCAAUGCUGCUGAGGUCAAUGGGCAAGUUAUUAACGCUAAAAAGCAUUAAUAACAACAAAGCAACAUGCUGAAGAACUGGGAAGAAAAGCUGAGAAUCGGGAAAUAAAGGUAAUCUUUCCAUUUCUACAAGUGACUCACUUGUUAUUUUGGGCAGAUCUCUUUCCUCUCUGAAUCUCUCUCUGCAAAGAAGACGGUAAGCUCAGAAAGGUGGCAAACUCGGGAUGAAGGUGGUAAGAAUUCAAAUAUGACAGUAUGAGCCACAUCUCAGCCUGUUCUCACUGCUGAUCUUUUAGUUUUCCCUUUUGUAAACAAAUGUCUAUUUGUUUAUCCUUAAAAUAGUGCUGGCUGCUAAUGCUUGUUUGAGGGUUAAGACAGGGAAGGAAAAGGAGAGAAAGGAAAGGACAAAAGCUUUGCUGUCAAAUGUGCUACAUGAAAAUGACAAUAGAAAUGCACACUGUUUUAAGAUGACAAGUCUAGGAACAAUCUUUAAUUUAAAGGUUCUUAUCCACAGUUUUCAUAAAGAAAUGUUAAUUAAAAGUGCAAUGACAUGUUUGGGACUUAAACGAAAUCAUUCUGCGGAGGAUUUAUAGCAAUCACAGCUCCAGAGCAUUAGGAUUACAGAUCCUUGUGCUGUUCCUUUUCAGUGAUCAUGUGAUUGGCCUGUUGUUAAAUAUAGCUCCCAUUUAGUGAAUCGAGACAGGCAUGGGAAAGGUAGGGAUAGUUUCCCUCUAACCAGCGGGAUUUCGGAGGUGUUGGAGAUUAUACAAUUCAUUAGCUUUAGCAUAAGAUCAAAGGGAGAGGGGAAGUCUUAAUUUGGGCACCAGCUGCUACUGUCUGAAAGUCUUGCAGCUUAAAUGAAAAGUGAACGUGUGCAGUGCUAACUGCUUGUAUUAGAGCGCGAGCCUAUUGUUUUAUAUCUCACUAACUCAUUGUUCUCUUCCUGCAGAUAAUUCUCACACUUAAGACCUUCUGAGAUAGUUAUGUCUAUUGUGAAUAGUUCAGCAACCAACUGGCUCAGAGGUUAUUGCCUAAGCAUCUUUCCCUCGCUCUAAUCCCCUGCAAGGUUUUUUCUGAGCAGUGUUGUUAAUCUAAAAUGACUGCUAACUGACUCCUGUGUCAAACAUUAUUCAUUAUGCACUUUAAAUGCUUCCUGCAGAGGCCAAAAUAAAUUUUGCUUUUUUAAGAGCAGACCACAAGGAGUGCCUACGUAGGAUAUUUCUUAAAAGAUUAGACUAGAAAUGGCAGUUAAGAUGUUGGGGGGAAUAAACGGCGCUCAGAACAAAGCUUCACAGUUUAACCAGGGAUAAACUUCAGUUACCAAAACCUACUUUCAUAUACAUCUAUCUAUAACCUGUUCCUGCAGGAAGAGCUCACCCUUGCAGGGUGGGAGAAAUACCUUUAUAGAGGGAUGCUAUAAGGUGCUUUAUUAGAAAAUGAGGGCCAAAUAAACAAAAAUGUAAAAAGCAGUAAUUCUCCCGUAUCUUGGUUGUGGGCUUUUUUUUCAGGUGUCACUGGUGUUGGCAUAAAGGGAGAGGGUUUUUUUGUGUCAAUGGCACUGACAGGCCUUGCAUGCAUAAUGACAGCAUAGGAAGAGACAGACAGAUAGAUUUGAAUAGCAAUAAGGUGGGUUUUCUUCCAGUGUGAAAAGAGCAUGGGAUUCGUGUGUACUGAGAUGAAGUAUAGCCUUCCUGCACAGUGCAAAUAUUUAAUGCUCUUCUAACUAUCCCCAGGUUAUUGGAGUGUAACAGUUAAUAGCCAUCAGCUGCCAAACCUAGUGAGCAGUUUGGGUGCCUAAAAAGAAAAUGAAAAGUUAAAAAAUGGAGCCAAGUCAGACUAGAAACCCACAAAUCAUAAAUGUGCUAUAGCUUAGCAGGCAGAUCAUCUCCAAAGUUCAGAGCAGCGUCGACCUGAGCUGCUGCUUAUCAAAUGAGAGAAGGAUCGAGUAACAUCUGUCUUCCAGUCUGAGCUUUGCCAUGUACUCACAGGCAAGCUUUGGCUGGACCUUCUGCUUUCCAGGCCCUGUUACUUCCCACUGAUAAUUUUAAGGAGAUUGAGUAUGGCCUGAAAUGAAGAAAAGCAAAGCAUUAUCACUAUUCUGUAUCAAAUAUCUCAAGGCAGUGAUGCAACAUAAAUGCAUAGAAAAAUGGAAGGGCUCCUGAAUUGAGUUUGAGAGAAAUCCUGUGCUUGGAAGUUCUCUGUAUCUGCAGUGCUGUAGAUAUGGAGACGUUAACACUGGCGUAAGAUAUUUCACUUAAAGCUUUAAGUAUUACUGUGGAAUUAUAAGAGCAUAUAAGAGUAUUUCAAAGAAUGGAUUCAGCUUGAAAAUCACCCCUCUUUCUCUACGUAUUUUUCUUAGUAAUGCUAGAAGUAGUAAUUCACUGUAAUUAAAAAUUGCUCUGUUUUGAAGGUACCUGCUAUUUUGGGAAAAGGCCUUGGGAAUCCCCUCUGCCCCUAUGUAUCUGCUGGCAGUUCUCAUCACAUAACUGGCAGCAGAGCAGCCCCUGCUCUCAGGCUUCCUCCAGAGGACAGGUCAGAUCACGGAGCAGAGCAGCUCCUCCCAAAGUAGCUGGUGGAUACCUCUUGGCCUGGGGAGCAGACAGGAAGGGGCCACCUGCUCCGAGGCCACCAACAACCUAAAGCAGGAGCUCUUCUCACCAUUUCCCCUUGGUUCAUGUGUCAUUUUCAUGGAAAUGCAAGUGGAGUAUAAAUGAAAUUACUGAUCCCACUUGGAGAUACCUUUUCAGGGUUAUGACCUAUUGGUGGAACUAUUAAUGGCAUUCAAAUAACUUGCAGAUAACUUGCAUAAUUUCAUAGAAUCAUGGAGUACCAGAAUAUCCCGAUUCAAAAGGGACCCAUGUGGGUCAUCAAAACCAACUCCUGGCUCUGCACAGCAACACCCAAAAUUCAAACCCUAUGUCUGAGAGUGUUGCCCAGAUGCUACUUGGCCUCCAGCAGACUUUGUGCUGUGACCAUUGGCUGGAGGAGCCUCUUCAGUUUCUGUGGCUCUUCCGUAACUCUCUCACAUGGAUAGACCUAUUUUAGUCUGACCUGUCCUAAAGCAUAGCCAGCUGCUCUGGCUGUCCUGCAGGGUAAGGACAAAGCAGUUUUCUAUUCAUGUCCCAAGGUCAGUACAAAAACAAACACAUUUUAUAUCUGAUAGCAAAAAGCAUUCAUCAGUGCAACUUUUUCAUUCUGUAAAUGGCCACAGAUUUCACAAGGUGAUCACCCUGGAUUUAGGGAAGGCUGUGCUCCAGAUAUGUAGUGACUUGGAUGUAUUAUGAAUAUGCACAUGACACAUUUCAUUGCCUACAAUUAGCAGUAAACAGCCUUUUGAGGCUUGAAGUUUGUUAUGCGCCACAGUGUUACAGGACAAAGCAAGUUCACUCUCAAGAAACAAGAUUUUUUAGCAUACAGCCUGGCAAAUUUAGCCUGGGAAAUGAAGAAACUUAUUCAGGAUGACUUGUCAUAGUACAUUUACUAUAGAAAUCUAUGCCAGCUCAGAAGUUACCACUUUACCCCCCAGCAGCAGCAGUUUUAAUUGGGCCACAGAAGGAGUCUUGCAGAGGUGGAAGGUAUUUGGGUUUCCCUGAGGCUCAGAGUUCUUCCCUGAAAGGAAGCCUCACAUCUUGUUGGCUCCAAGUAAAAGGAUAAAUUGUAGUGUGCUUGAGUAUUAAGUUGUACAACAUCAGCUGCAGAUUUGCAGUUUGGGUUGAUGUGCUAAAGUACGGUAUCCUGCUGAACAUCCUUUGUGUGAUAUAUCUGCCUACCUCUGCCUUGACAGUGUUUGCUUCUCCCUCUUGAUCCUGCCUGUAAAGUCACAAGUAGUAUGUUUCAUUUAUCCCAACCGUGUACCUUUUUCCUAAUGACCUCAUUUUUCUAAAACAGAGGAAGAUGGGGCAGUAAUGGGGAGGACAUUUGUUCUGUAUUCCUGUACAUACCUUCUCCCAAGACUCUCUCACUCUACACUGACAUGACGGUGGAAUUAAAGAAGUAUUUCUUCAUAAAAAGGCAAGUGAGGUUUUUAAUGAUGCAUUGUUACCUAUGGCUCUUUCCAUGUUUCAUGCUGUAGUGAGAUAUCGACUCUGUGCUAAACCAGCAGGCAGCCCUACCAGAGGGCUAGCCUCUUUUUCUUCAAUUGGCUUUGAUCCUUGUUCUUUAAUUUUCCUUGGACAGAUCCUGCCCAUGUACUAUCGCUAGUCCAUUCUGAUGCUGAUACUGAAUGGGAUCAGAGCACAGGGCAUGUAACAUUACAGCCCCAUAUUACACCAGAUAGAAUUUAGUAGUUUACAGAGCAGCAAGGAUCAUAAGGUUUACUUACUCUCCAAACACUACUGGCAAAAGGAAAACAGACAUAAAUGUGUGUUGCACAGAUACCUUGCCUCUCAGUUCUGCUCAUUUAGCUCAGCUUAAUGAUUCCUUUUGGCUGCCUCUUCCCUUCCAAGCCAUAGCUGUGAAUAUUCAUCUUUCAAGUAAAGCGCCAUGGAAGUGGGCCUUCUUACAGGACUCUUGCCGGCUGCCACUCCUGCUGACAAAGAAGAUUGCAAGAAGAAUUUGAAUAAAGGACAAACGUCACAUAUGCUGUGUGCUAUGGAGGACAAAUGCUGAAUACAAAAUAUGUUUAAUUGCUGAGUUAAUUAUCUCA